CCCCCCAGUUGAAUUAGGGUUUCGGCUGCAUCGACCUCGCCGUCGCCGCUUCCUUCCUCCGCCUGCUCGAUCUCCCCCGAAAAUGGAUGCACAGACGGAGAAGGCGUUUCUGAAGCAGCCGAAGGUGUUCCUCUGCUCAAAGAAGUCGGGCAAGGGUAAGAGGCCCGGAAAGGGCGGGAACCGUUAUUGGAAGAGCGUUGGGUUGGGAUUCAAGACACCUAGAGAGGCAGUUGAAGGUACCUAUAUCGACAAGAAAUGCCCAUUCACUGGGAAUGUUUCCAUAAGGGGCCGUAUACUUGCUGGUACUUGCCACAGUGCCAAGAUGAUGAGGACAAUAAUUGUCCGCAGAAAUUACCUUCAUUUUGUUAAGAAGUAUCAGAGAUAUGAGAAGAGGCACUCAAACAUUCCAGCUCACAUAUCUCCAUGUUUCCGUGUGAAGGAGGGCGAUCACGUCACGAUUGGCCAGUGCAGGCCCUUGUCAAAGACUGUGAGGUUUAAUGUGCUAAAGGUUAUUCCAGCUGGAUCAUCAGGCGGUGGCGGGAAGAAGGCCUUCACUGGAAUGUAAUUGAGUCAGUUUUUACAUUUUGGUUUUACAUGUUGAGAGAAGAUACUAGAUUUACUCUACUUGGAUUUACUGUGGUUCAAUCUUUAGUUGAGUAUCAAAUUUUUGUAUGACCUUUCUACCUCUAACUUUUUUAUUGUUGAAUUUUCUUUUA